CGAAUCAUUUUCCAACUCGAUCCGGUCGAAUCAAGUCGCAAGUUUAUUUUACGGUGGUGUGCAUAGUGCGAGAUUUUUUAUUAUAAGAUAAGAGUUGAUGUCAUAGAAAUGAUAUAGUUACCUAGUAAGGCUAGUUGUUUCGGAAAUAGUGGCAUCCGUGUUCUUUUAAAGAGUGUGCGGAGUCGAAAGAUAUUGUUUGCAAUUUUCCAUAGAGUGUAUGAAUCAUUAGCUGGCCAGAUUGUCGGAUAAAGAGAAGGGUGUGCAAGGAAGAGAGUGUUUGGUGGUGUAGGGGCUUGGUCUUUUCAAGUGAAGCCCAUUCCACCUUUUGGAGCAAUUCGAUAAGGCUGGUUGCUGGCUGUGCCGCAGAUUUACAUACUCUAUAACCAGCUUCCGGUUUGGUAUUGAUAGUGCUACGAAGAAGCUGUGUUUCGAUGACUAGCAGCGCUGGAAGAAAUCACACCCGUUCAGUUCCCCCGUCCGCGUCCCGUAGUCAACAUUAUUAGAGCGAACCAAUCGAGAAUGCCAUUAGCAAACUCGGUGGACCCAUGGAGAGAGAAAGUCCCACUCAAUAUCGGCGGUACAGAGCGCACGGCGUCUCUAACUCGAUUUCAGGUCUCCGGAUAGUUUCUUCAUCGUCCCAGGACAAUGUCGAGAUGGUUGUUGAUGAAAGCUACGAUGCAUUGCUCGGUCAGCAGCCACCGCAGCUCGAUCCGGGCGGGCAAUUGCAUCAGCAUAAUCAGUAUCAGCAAUUGUGCUCCAGUGGCAUGGACGUCGAAGCGAUGGAUCUGGACUCCACCGAAGUGGCAAUGAUGAAGUCCAGUGACGAACAGGAGUACGAUAUCCGAGAUGUAGUGCGCGAAGGACACGAAAAGGCUGACCCAUCUCAGUUUGAGCUGCUCAAAGUACUCGGGGAAGGAUCAUUUGGAAAAGUAUUCUUAGUUAGGAAAAUUGUUGGGAAAGACGCUGGAACGCUGUAUGCAAUGAAAGUAUUAAAAAAGGCCACAUUAAAAAUAAAGGAUCGUGUUCGCAGUACUAAUGAACGCAAUAUUUUGGCUGACGUUGGUCACGCAUUUAUUGUUAAAUUGCAUUAUGCCUUCCAAACGCCGGGAAAAUUGUACCUUAUUCUGGACUUUCUACGCGGUGGCGAUUUGUUCACACGAUUAAGUAAAGAAGUAAUGUUUACCGAGGAGGAUGUCAAGUUCUACUUAGCUGAGCUGGCACUUGCCUUAAAUCACUUGCAUGGUCUUGGUAUUAUAUACCGAGACUUGAAACCAGAGAAUAUUUUGCUGGAUCAGGACGGUCACAUAGCUUUAACCGAUUUCGGACUAUCGAAACAACCGCUGGACGGUUCGAAAACGUAUAGUUUUUGUGGUACGGUCGAAUACAUGGCGCCAGAAGUAGUCAAUCGGAAAGGUCAUACGUUUGCUGCAGACUGGUGGUCGUUUGGUGUUCUCAUGUUUGAAAUGCUAACAGGAAACCUUCCUUUUCACGGUAGUAACCGGAACGACACUAUGAAUCAGAUCUUGAAAACUAAGCUGGGUAUGCCGGAGAAUUUGAGUCCCGAGGCCCAAAGUUUAUUGAGAGCAUUGUUUAAGCGAAAUCCUCUGAACAGGUUGGGGGUUGGUCCCAAUGGUAUCGAAGAUAUCAAAAAGCAUGAGUUUUUUGCCAAUGUCGAUUGGGACGCAUUUGAGCGAAAAGACGUACGACCUCCAUUUAUACCUGCUGUUUCUAGAGACGAUGCAUUCUACUUUGACUCGGAGUACACUAAUAAAUCACCAAAGGAUUCCCCGGGUGGACCUGUGAGUGCAAGUGCGCAUGAAAUUUUCCGUGGUUUUAGUUUCGUAGCUCCAGCAUUAUAUGACGAGACACCGAAUUUUGCUAAUGGAAGUGGAAGUUUAAUGAAUCAACAACCAGCAACUAGGUCACCGUUUUCUAACGAAAUCCCAGGCGUCAAACCAGGAGCGUUUGGUGAUGAGUACACUUUGAUGCAGGAGUUGGGCCGUGGAACGUUUUCGAUUUGCAGACUCUGCGAAAGUAGGACUACAAAGAAGCAUUAUGCCGUUAAGAUUAUUGACAAAUCAAGCCAUGAUUGUCGGGAGGAGGUAGAAAUCUUGUUACGUUAUGGAAAUCAUCCGAAUAUUGUUUCUCUAUAUGGUGUUCAUGAAGACGUUACCUACGUUUAUCUGGUGAUGGAGUUGCUGAAAGGAGGCGAACUACUAGAUCGGAUUCUCGCCAUUCAAUUUAUGAACGAAGUGGAAGCCAGCGCCGUGUUGAAGACAGUAGUUUCAGCAGUAGCGUAUCUUCAUGAGCACGGUGUUGUACACCGAGAUCUGAAGCCAUCGAAUUUGCUGUAUGCGUCGAUUAACCAUACGCCGGAAUCUUUAAAACUUUGUGAUCUAGGUUUUGCCAAACAGUUACGAGCAGAUAACGGUUUGCUCAUGACCCCGUGUUACACGGCAAACUUUGUAGCACCAGAAGUGCUGAAAAAGCAGGGUUACGAUUUAGCAUGUGACAUAUGGUCUCUUGGGGUGUUGUUGUACAUUAUGCUAGAUGGAAAGACGCCGUUUGCUAGUACGCCAAAUGACUCUCCGGAUAUGAUUUUGGCAAGAAUAGGAUCUGGAAAAGUGGACUUGGAGACAGGGAAAUGGCCCAGUAUAUCCGAGGAGGUGAAAGAGCUACUUCGACAGAUGUUACACAUUGCCCCACAGCGAAGGCCGACUGCAGCGCAGAUCCUGCGGCAUCCCUGGCUGUUUCGAUCCCGUCUACUGUACAAUCAGCCAGGCAUGCAACAUCAAGCGCAUCAAACGACCGCUGACUCGGCAGUUGUGACGACUUCAGUUGCUGCGACAACAAUUUGCACCCAUUGUCCGGCAGACAACACGGAAGCUAUCAAGGGAGCGGUUCAUGCCACGUUCCGGGCUAUUUCUUCUCCGCAGGCAGCUAAUCUUGGACCGGUAGGAAUGUCCGAUUUGGCUAGGAGAAGAAAGGAUAAGAUGAACAAUUCGUAAUUGUAAAGAUUGCGAUGGUCUAUGUAUGUGUGUGUUUGUAAGAGCUUUCUUCAAAUGUCUGUAUGUGUGAUUCUAGUUGAGCCAUAUUAAGUAAAGGUAAGAGUGAUGCAUUGUGUUAUAGAAUUAGUGUGCGUGGGGUUGUCUGGGCGAUUCUGGAUGGUUACAAAUUUCCAUCGGAAUUAUCCUCACGCAUAUUUUGAAUGUGCAUGAAGUGUUUUCAGAAAUAGUGUAAAGUGAAAUCUUUUUAUUGGCGUACCCGUGAAAUGAGAUUGUUUUGUUAUCAAACCACAAACAAUUUUACAAACCUUACCAAAAAUAUAUCAGAGCUGUACGUUUUUUAAUAUACAGAAAUUCGUGUUUUGUUCACACUUUCUCAUGAAAUCUUCUUAUUGCUAUUGAAACGUUGAGUUUCAUAAGUUGCUUGUUGCAUCGAGUGGAUAUUUUGGUAUCUGGUCGUUGCAUCGACGCACGUGACUCAAAAAUAAUUUUCAUUAAUAUUUCAAACUUUCAUUUGAUUUGCUUAUUAGCUUUCAUAGUACCUAUGUCCAAGCAUUUUUGAAUGUGUGCACUGUAAAUGUCUGUUAUUAACACGGUUGAGGUUGGCAAAUGUAUAACGAAAUAGUUUUAUGAUAAAGAGGACUUCCAAAGAGAUUUUUUUCACAUCAAGAAAUUUAAAAGUAGCACCCUUUUGUGACAUUUAAGAGCCAGUUCGCGAGAAGCGCAACCUCAUGUUGUUUUGAUGUUCUCCGAUUGGGCUGAAAUUUUCAGCAUUUGUUUGUCUAUUCAAGGUAGGAAGUUUUGCAAAAUUUCAAUUUUUUUCAUUGAGGUUAAGUGGGGUAAAACGGCCAUUGAAAAUGAUAUGUCCAAAAACGUCCAAAUUCUAAAAAGUGCAAUAACUCCUGCUAGACUUGAUGGAUUUUUCUAAAAAUUUGUGGUAUUAUUCUUCACUAAGAGUACUUCAAAACGCAUGGUUACAAUAUAGGGUAAAGAGGUAAAUUGACGAUAAAAACGCAUUUUUUUAAAUUGUCAAUUUUCAGGGUCAUCCUACUUUUUUCAACAUCGCUAGAAAAAAUAUCUGAAUAUGGCGUUUUGUAGAGCAACUCAAGAGCUUUGAUGUCAUGUAUAAGCCAAGUGUACCAAAUGGGGUAAAACGGCCCUAGAAGGUUUUUUUCAAAAAACUGUCAAAAUCACUUGAAUCACUUUAGUUCCUGCUAGACUUAAAAAAUUUUACUUAAAAUUUGGAUUAUCACUGUACCUUACCAGAACUACCUACUUCACCAGAAGAUACGCAAUUUGGGGUAAAACGUUCCUUGAAGAUUUUUUUUUUUGAAAAAUGCCGUCAAAAUCACCAAACUGCAAUAACUCAGGUUAGACUUGAUAAAUUUACUGAUAUUUUAGAUUAUAACUCUAGUUAGAUACGAACUUAAGGGUAAGAUGACAUAAGUGACAAAUAGAUUUACAUGACGAAAAAAAAAUAUUUUUCUUGGAAAAUACUUGGCGAAUUUCAGGGUGCUAUUUCCUUAACAAAAAACAGUCCAAAACCCGAUGUUAGCAUUUUAUAAACCAACUAAAGAGCUUUUAUUUGAUAUCAAUUCCAGAUGCAUCCUUUGGAAACUGACUAAAAAGGACUGAACUUUUUCUUGAUUUUUUCACUAGGUUUCAAGAAAAGCAUCAAACCCUGUGAAUGACAAUAUCGAUGAGACGGAUGCUGAACGACUGCAAUAUUUCGAGUUUUGUUAAAGCAAAUGAAGUUAGUUAUGGUUUGAGUUUCAUGUUCAUCUUUUUAAUUUGAUUGUUUUCAAAUUUAAUUUAAAUCUUUUUAAUUUGAUUAUUUUUAACUUAAUUGUCAUCGGUCUCAUUCUCCGCUUUUUCCUGAGUGUUGGCCAAAUAAUCAUGUUACUCUGGUUGCUGUUGUAUCAACAAAAAUGAACAAUCAUUUUGAAAAAUCACGACUUCGAACAUUAAUGCUUAACAAUUUUUACUCAUGAUGUUCUUCAACGUUCAUCAAAGCACCAUCUUCCUUUACGCUAAGUUUCGCAUACAUAACUAUUGCAGAGAAUCGUGCAAAUAACGAUUUUAUUUGCUCCACAGAUAAGUAGGAACUCGGUUGGAAUUAUUUAUUCUUGCGACCAUCAUAAUAAAAGAUAUCGAUCUUUUACCUUGUUUGAAGCUUUUCGUGAAGUCAAGAAAAACUUUAGUCCUUUUUAGUCACUUCCCAAAGAUGCAUCUGGAUAUUAUGCCAAAUAAAAGCUUUGUAGUUGUUUAUAAAAUGCUAACUUCUGGUUCUAGACCUUUUCUGUAGAGAAAAUAGCACCCCGAAAAUCGCUAAGUAUUUCUCAAGAAAAAUAUUUAUUUUCGUUAUGUAAAACUAUUUGUCAUUUUUGUCAUCUUGCCUUUAAGUUCGUAUUAACUUAGAGUAAUUAUCUAAAUUUUCAGUAUACCUAUCAAGUCUAACCCGAGUUCUUGCAGUAUUGGUGAUUUUGACGGCAUUUUUCGAAAAAAAAAAUCUUCAAGGAACGUUUUACCCCAAAUUGCCUAUCUUCUGAUAGAGUAGGUAGCUCUAGUAAGGUACGGUGAUAAUCCAAAUUUUUAGUAAAAUAUUUUGAGUCUAGCAGAAACUACAGUGAUUUUAGUGAUUUUGACGGUUUAAAAAAAUACUUUCUAUGGCCGUUUUACCCCAUUUGGCUUGGCUUAUACAUGACAUUAAAGCUCUUGAGUUGCUCUACAAAACGCCAUAUUCAGAUAUUUUUUCUAGCGAUGUUGAAAAGAGUAGGAUGAUUCCGAAAAUUGACAAUUUUUAAAAGAAAAAUGCGUUUUUUUUCAUCAUGUUACCUCUUUACCCUAUAUUGUUACCAUGCGUUUUGAAGUACUUUUAGUGUGUAAUAAUAUUACAAAUUUUUAGAAAAAUCCAUCAAGUCUAGCAGAAGUUAUUGCACUUUUUAAUAUUUGGACGUUUUUGCACAUAACAUUUUCAAGGGCCGUUUUACCCCACUUAACCUCAAAUAAAAAAAUUGAAAUGUAGCAAAACUUCCUACCUUGAAUAGACAAACAAACGCUGAAAAUUUCAGCCCAAUCGGAGAACAUCAAAACAACGUCCCUCAGAAAGGCGGUUGCGUCUCUCGCGAACUGGCUCUUAAUUACAGUAAUCCAUACACGACUAAUUCUGGUUAUAAAUGGAUUACUGCUGGAAAGGUUUGCUACUUGAGCACUUGACAAAGUUGAGAAAAUUGCCAUAAAUUAGUUAUCCCCUAAUUUGAAAUUUAUUCAACGUAGUAUAGAAUGAACGGAAAGAAAAUAAAAACAAAAAUCUUUAUAACUCCCUGUAGCAUAACUCUAUCAGACUUACUUGAAUAGUUUUUCGAAAAACUUUUCAAUCAGGUAAUCAUGGUCAGUACAAUCUAUGGAGCACUUUUAUAAAGUGCUUUGAAGUUAAUACCUGCUGUUCUGUCAGUUUGCAUGUUUCUGUGAGUUUUGAAAGGAUUUUCAAUCAUUAGUCCUUUCCAUUCAACAAUUGUCUAAUAAAAAAUUCAUGCCAGCCCACUAAUGAUUAAUAUAUCGUCGCUGUUAAUUAUUGUGCAAGGGGUUUUCAUCAAUAAGUAACACAAAACUGUCGAAAUUUUGUAUCGUUAUUAUGCACUCUUUCGCAAAUUAUCGGCGCUGUUUGUGGAUGUGUAAAAUCUUUGUUGCUUUUAGUAGAAAACGGAGUAAAACAAUAUUAAUUAUUAGUUUCUAAGAGUAAAUCACUAUACAGAAAAAUUAAAGUUCAAUCAGUAUUUUAAUAUGGAAAAUUUAGCAGAAAAUAACUACACUAUUGUGAAACUAUAAAAUGAUAUUUGAGGGAAAAGGUGUAAACUAACGAACACUUGAAGCUUCUCUAUCCUGUUUUCAAAUAAUUAGCAUAAAAGAUAAAUGGUAAAAUAAAAUCAUUAAAAUUCACUAUAUUUACAAUAAUAAAUGUGCCAUAAACUGUGACUGAACAGACAAGUAGAAAAUAUGAGUCACACACCAAAACUAUAUGAAAACCUAAUAAAGUUGUUGAUUGAGCGGGUUUUCGUUACUAGCAACCGGAAUGUUUUCGAAAUAAUUAACCGCGAUCGAUACAGACACAGGGCAGGAGCUAGAUGUAUUUGAGCAUUUCCGAUAAAAUUUUGGAUUCUAACGUGACAUAUUUUAUUAGUAGCAGUUUGAGGAGUAAUAUGAGAUAGGCGUAAUUUUUCCCAACUAUUAUUGUUUGGGCUUAACCUUUUGAUAGGCAAUCGCAUGCUAUGAAAUGACUUCGUAUGAAGAAUCGACGAUAGAUUGAAUUGUCGCGAAAGAUGAUUAUUUCAGAUUAACAUGGAACGCGCAGUUUUUGCAUAGUAUUGUGCAAUACAUGAGAUUUGCAUCGUUUUCAAUAUUCAUGUUACGAAUUAAUAAAUAGAAUAGACGAUGCACCUCAAUUGAUUUUUUCUUUGAUAUAAGACUAGCUGUGUUUCAUCCACAUAGUGUUUCUCUUAAAGGUUGGUAGGAGUAGGAUCAGUAUUGCGCUAAAAGAUUUUGCUUUGAUUCCUAUAUCACUCCUAGCGGAGAUGUACUUUUUCAAAUAGCAUAGAGGAACAAUAUACAAAAAACCAAUAACAAGGUAAAUGUUUAGAAGAAUAACUAAAUUGAGUUAAAUUUUGUACUAUCACAAAAACUAACCUGACUUUCGCCACAGUAAAAGUAACAUUCUUAAAAAAACUUCUUUGCAAUUUCAAAUGGUUAUCAUUGCAUGCGACUCAUUGUCAAAAGGUAUGGCCCACUGUUUUUCGAAACUUUAAUCAAUCAAUUGUUUUUUUUUAUGCCGUAACUACUAAGGAAACUAGGAAAAGUAUUAUGUUUGAGUAUCUUUUAUGUUUACUUGUUAAUAUUUUAAAGCAAGGCUUUGUUAUUUUUUUACCAGUGGAGGAGAUAUUUCAAUGCAACGGAAUAAAAUAGUUUGUAUAUUUUUAUCUGGUAGUGAGUAGCUGAAUUUAAUGUCAAUAAUUUAGCAUUAUUACGAGCAGAAUUUUAACAAAUCGAUUCACAUUCUUGUGUACAACAAAUCCUAAGAAAUACGUCAGGUCGUGGUGCAGCUGAUUACAUAUUAAAGUAAAACUAAUCAGUAACGCUAAUAAGUUUAAAGCAUAUUGAAAAAAAAAGAUAUAAAUAAUAAAGUAUACAACAAAUUGAGAUCAAUUGAA